AAAACAUUUAUAAAAAAUUAAAGAGAUUAAACAUCUGAGAUAUGCUAUCUUUAUACAGGAAAAUGCAUUAUCGGCCAUAUUAUUACUUAUCGUUGUAGAGAAUAUAGCUAAAGUUUUUUAAUGUUAUUGAGAUGUUAAGUGAAGUUAUAAAAAUAUAAACAAACGUGGUAAUAAUGGCAGAAGUAUUCAAAAAACGAUCCGGGACUACAGACAGGGGCAAAGACUAUGAACAUCUCUACAUAGCAAACAUAAUUUUAAAAUUAGUACCAGACGACGCCAUAGAAAACUUUUACGUAUCGUCGAACGACGAAAAAUACGGUUCUUUUGAUGACGUCGUAGUUGAAAUUAAGUACAAAGCCAAAGAAGACAGACAAAUAUACGCUGUCCAGCUGAAACAGAGCAAAAGCAAAGUAGUACGUUGUAAAGAUUUGUCCACGCAAAAAGGAAAUUUCAGUAUACCUGAAUACUUCGGAGAUUACGAAAAAAAUCUGAAACCGCUUCAUAACACUUCUACCAACUUUAUUCUCUAUACAAACUUGAACGCCAAAAUCACUGAUAAUUUUCUGCUCAACUUCAAAAACGAAGAAUUUAAUGUCAACGUGCGGAAUAUUCCACAAAGUGAUUUGUUGUCGUCUUGCGAAGGUGGAAGUUGUUAUGUUUUCGAAACGGAAGACAAACACAGCGAUUUUUUCAGAACGUUGUCUCUGUAUUCUGGACAAGCCGACGUUAACCAGAUGGAAAAAAAUGCGUUCAAAAUGUUCGUUGAUACAUUCAGUGCCGACAAAACAUCUUUCGACAAAUUUGUGAGUUUCAUCACGAAAUGGAGCGUGCAAGAAGGGAACAAACUGAAGCUGGAUAAAUCGUGGAUGCAAGACGUCAUCGCUUUAUCUCUUGUGUCUCCUUUCGUCAAGCCGUUGUCGUUCUCAUUUGGUUCUAUUAGUGAAAAAGAGAAAGUUAUUGCUGGUGCCAUUUCUAACUUUCACGUUACUCUUCUUGGUAACAACGAUUAUGCCAAAAUAAAAAAUUUGUGGGCAGAUGUGAUCGAUGCAGUUGAAAUUGUACAGCUCAAAAUAGCUAAAACAAAAUACCAGUUGAUGUUAGAUCAAAUCAAAACGAAGGACUCCUUGCGUAAAGAAGAUCAAGAAGUAAGUAAGCUUUUAUGGUUGUUGGAAAAGUGUCCACUGGUUGUUGAAGAUUCUUUCCAAACACAGCGAGCAAUAGCGUUAUGCCCCGAAAGAUGUUUUAUUAUUUUGAGCGUCGACGAAACAACAAGUCUGGGUCAUGAUAUUUUCAAAAAUGUAUCCGAUUUGAGAAAACACGAAGAAAUAUUCAAAAGCGUUUCGAAUAAUUUUACCUAUUCGUUGGAAGGACAAACGGAGGUUUCUUUGAACGAACUAUUAAAAUGGAAUGAAGAACUUGAUACAAUGAUCACCACUUCGAAAUUAGUUCAGACGAUCGAUCGACCAUUGCUUAUUGGAAGUGUGAAGGAAGUUUUGCCACCUUGUCACGUCACUCGGACACUAUCAAAAAUUUUGAUAGACGUACAAUUCUUGGAAGCAGUCACCAAUUCCGUUAUUGUAGUGACCGAAGUAGAAGACCUUACCGCGUUUGUAAAACUACACUUAAAAGAAGCCCAAAACCAUCAUUCAGAUGAAAACACUGACGAACUUGUUUGUGUGGAAGUGCGCAACAAUAUCGUACAUCUAUAUAAAGGUAAACUAUCCCAACAAGAGUUCCGCAAUUUGUGUACUAAAACUCCUGCAAAAAAUAAAUGUCAUCGGUUUAAAUACGUCGACGAAAAGGCUCUAGAAUGGAUCGAAAGUACGAACAAUUUAGAAGAACUUAAAACAUUUCUCUUGAGCGGAUUUAGUACGCACAGUGUACACGAAUCACAAUUGGUUAACGACGAUAACAAAACAAACAUCAUUUGUGCUAAUCCCGGAAUGGGCAAAAGUACUUUGAUGAAAAAUUUGAAAAUCAGUACCUGUUCCUCUGUUUGGACGAUUCUGAUUAGCGCAAGGAAUCAUGCUUUGUAUUUCCGGAAAAGAGGAGGUGACGUCGAUGGGUUUUUUAACUAUAUUUUAGACGAGAACUGUCGUUUGUGUCAUACUUUCGAUGCAGAGGUUUUUAGAACUUUGUUGGAAAAGGAUCAAGUGCAGCUGAUUUGGGACGGACUGGACGAAGUUUCUGAUCGAAGUUUAGAAGUUAUAUUGACUUUGAUAGACGCUAUAUCUAACAAAGGAGUAAGACAAUGGAUAACGGCUCGAACUAACGUGAGGAAUGUCUUGGAAGACCGCUUCCAUAUAUUUUCAAGAGAUAUCAAACCAUUUAAUCAAGCGGAACAGCAAAUCUACGUCCAAGAACGUCUAGAUCUAUCGAAAGAUGACCUACGCGUAAUCUUCCAUAAAAUUAAGGUAAACGUAGAAAUGUACUCAAAUAACGAUAUUCUGGGAAUUCCUUUGCAAAUUUACAUGUUAACAGAAUUAUUCAAACAAAAUUCGACUAAGUAUGCAGACCUUCUAAAUACCGCGUUCACUUUAUUAGAUUUGUACGAAAAUUUUAUACACGAGAAGUUUGAAAUUUACUUUAACGAGAAAGGUCAAAGUAAUCGAAAGAUUGACGCCGUUGACAAAGACUGCGAAGACGAAAUGGAAGAAAGAGUAAACUUUUACAAGGAAUUAGCUUACUAUGUAUAUUUAGAAAGCAAGUAUAGAGUAAUUGUCAAAAGAACUUUUGAAUGCCUCACCUCGUUUAACAACUUUUUGGAAAAAAUCAAACAAGAGAGGGAUCCGGUGGGUUUAAUCAGCAACGUAACCAUAGAAAACGUGCCAGAAUUUAGUCAUAAUUCGUACGGUGAGUACUUUGCAGCUUUAUACUUGUUCGAUACUAACCGAGAAAAAGCAAAACAGGACGAUUUUAUUUCCAAUAAAAAAUUUAACAAUAUCAGGUUUUUCUUGGACUUAAUGUUGUGUAAAAAUUCUAAAGCUCAUGUCGCAGUGCUGUGUAGAAAUUGUAUAAUUCUAGACCAAUGCACAGAAGAAGAUUUGCGUUGCAGGGAUCAGAUUGGGCGUAGUGUAUUAGAAGUGACGUGUAGGUGGAACGAACAGAGUUGUUGCGUAGAAACUGCAAGUAGUUUCCGCGGAAAGCUACGAAUUGAGAAUAGAACGACUACUAAAAGGAACAAGAAAUUACGUUUUUCAAAAAUCUUGAAAAUAUUUUCUGCUUGUAACGCACUACCAUGUAAUAUUAAAAAAAUAUUACUACUUUUACCAUUUUUAAUACCACUAUUGCAUAAACCGGACUUUUCUUUCAAUAUUGAAUCAUUUGCCACGAUGUUGUACUAUGCAAUUGAACUUGAUUAUGUAGUUGUUUUCAGAUACAUCGAAAAUGUACAAUAUCUGAGAGAUAUUUAUGAAAACUUCGACCCACACAGCUUGUUAAGUAUGGCAGUGCGACUUAAGUCUCUUAAAUGCUUAGAAGAAUUCCUGUUGAAAAAACAAUACAGCUAUGUAGUGAGACAAGACCUAGAAAUUCCACUUUCAGUAUGCUCAUUUGAAUCUGAUGAAUUUUUUUCACUAAUGAUGAAGCAAGAAAUCAACUUAAAUAAAUUUGUUUGUCUUGUUUGCCGAAAAGGCAGUCUUGAAAAUCUAAAGUACUUACGCAGCAAAGACAUCAGAGUCGUCACUGAAGACACAAAUGGUCAAACAUCAAUGCAUUACGCUUUUGAGCACAAUAGCAAACACUCGUUUGAAAUAGGAAAGUUUCUAAUUGAUUUAGGAAUGAGUGUAAAUUCUACAGAUGCUAACGGUUUAGUGCCGCUACAUUAUGCUCUUAGAACUUUGCUUUAUUCAACUUUUAGAGAAUUGAAAUCUCAAGAUUUUAGCGGAGUAAAAUUAUUAACUGAUAAUGGAGCAACCCAUAAGGUACCACAAGUUGAAAAUUUUUUACCGAUUUACCAUCCACUACCUGGCUGUGAAACCCUAGACUUGUUACUAGAUGAAACAACUCGAGAUACACACAAUCCGAACAUAGUGAUUUCUGCUUGCCAGGUUGCCACUGGGAGCCUUGACAGUUUGUAUUUUCUAAAAGGCAAGGGUUUUAAAUUCGACGUUCCAGAUGUCAAUGGGUUCUUACCUAUACAUUAUGCCUGCAAACUAAGAGAUGUAGACACUGUGAAAUUUUUGGUUCAAAAUUUCGAAACCGUAAAUAUUCCAGAUGCUAGGGGACGGAUCUCGAUACAUUUUGCCUGUAAAAAUAUGGACUACUCUGUGGAAAUUGUAGAUUUGUUGUGUGAGAUGGGGGUCAGUGUAAAUUCUGAAGAUGCGAAUGGUCGUUUGCCAAUUAACUAUGCAUGUAGACACGAAUUUCCGGAUAUAGUACACUUAUUAGUCGAUAGAGGAGCAAAGUUGAACGUUCCAGACGGUUAUGGUCAGUUUCCGAUACAUGAAGCCACUAGAAAUGACGAAAUUUCAUUAGAUUUGGUUAAACUGUUAAUUCGGAAUGGCACAGAAGUGAACGUAGUUGAUCUAAUUGGUGAUUCGCCCUUACACAAAGCAUGCCUCAACAUAGACGUCGAUUAUAAAAUGAUGAAAUUAUUACUUAACAAUGGUGCGAAUGUAAAUGCUGCGAAUCUAGACAAUGAAAUGCCGAUACAUUAUGCUUGUAACUACCAAGUUCGUCUGGAAAGAGUAAAAUUUUUUGUAGACAAUGGUGCAGAUUUAAAUGCCGUCACUGCUGGCGGGUACAUGCCAAUACAUUAUGCCUGUAUUCAUGUGACCGAAGAUUCAAACAUUAUUCAGUUUCUUGUUAUCAACGGAGCAAAAGUGGACGCAACAGACUCGAAGGACAAUAUGCCUAUACAUUAUGCUUUCGGAAAUGCAUGGUGUGGUUUCCAAAUAGUAAAAUAUUUAAUUGAGGUAGGAGCAAAAUCUGAUGUUCCGAAUGCAGGUGGUCUGUUGCCUAUACAUUACGCUUGUGAGAGUGGAUGUGACAGAACUGUGAAAUUUUUAACACGUGGAUGUGGAAAAGAAAAUCCUGUAGAUAAUAGUGGUCAGACUUUGAUGCACCAUGCUUGCAAAAAUAGAAACUAUGGUGUCGAAAUAGUAAAUAUUUUGAUAAACGAAAGUCAUAGUUUACACUCAGUAGACAAAGACAAUCGUCUACCAAUACACUACGCAUGUGGAAAUGAGAAACAAGGAUUUGAAAUUGUCAAACUGCUAACAGAUCAAGAUGUCGGUCUCUAUAGUUCCGACGUAAACGGAUUAACGCUAAUGCAUAUUGCAUGUAGGAACCAACAAGAUGGUUUCGAUAUAGUAAAAUUAUUGCUCGAUAAAAAUGUAAAACUUGACGUUAUAGAUGUAGAAGGCCGUCUUCCUAUACAUUACGCGUCUGAAAACAAUGGUUGCGGUUAUGGAAUAGUGAAACUUUUGAUAGAGAAAGGCACUAGAGUAGACGUUGCGGAUACAAAAGGACGACUUCCCAUCCACUACGCUUGUAUGAACGGAAAUCUUAAAAUAGUCGAAGCACUGAUGAACCAAAAUUCGGAAACCCUUGACGCAACAGAUGUAGAUGGUCGAAUGCCUAUUCAUUUUGCGUGCGGAAAUUUUCAAUUCGGUACUGUUCUAGUAAGACUUUUGCUUGAUAAAGACGCAAAACUUGAUAUUCCAGAUAUUAACAACAAAAUGCCCAUACAUUAUGCAUGCGAAAGUGGAAGUCUUGAAACGGUAAAAAUUUUCCUGGACGAGGACAUCAACUUUCAAGCUACAGAUGCAGAUGGUCGUCUACCCAUUCACUAUGCGAGUGGAAACAAAUUUUCCCCACAAAGCAAAAAAAUACAUUCUGGAUUUCAAAUUACGAACUUAUUAAUCAAUAGAGGGCAAAACAUUCACGUCGCAGACAAAAACCAAAAAAUGCCCAUACACUAUGCUUGUGAAACUGGAAGUCAUGUAACCGUCAAACUGUUGCUAGACCAAGGAGCAAACGUGGAUACGCCUGAUAUAACUGGACGAUUUCCUCUGCAUUACGUAGGUCAGAAUGAUAGCCAAACAAAUUUUAAAAUAGCAAAAUAUUUGCUUGAUCACGGUGCAAAAUUAAACGUUACAGAUUCUACAGGACGAACACCUCUACAUUAUGCUUGCGAACUCCGAUACGAUCUUCUAUUAAAAUUCCUAAUUUUUAAGCGGGUGAAACUCGAUGUUCCAGAUAUAGAUGGCGUGAUGCCAAUUCAUUGCGCGUGCGCAAAGGGCUGUCGCCAAUACGUGAAAAUAUUAACUGAUAAAGGUGUAAAGGACGACGUUGCAGAUGCCCAUGGACGGACGCCUUUGCAUUAUGCUUGUCAAAAUAAAGAAAAUGGUUAUCCUAUUGUCAAAUUUUUAUUGGAAAAAAAUGUUGGGGUUAACGUUGUCGACAAUGACGGUCUUACGCCUGUGGAUUACACACGAAUGGUAGGCAAUUCUGAAGUAGAACGUUUACUCUUAUCGUGUAACAGUGCUAAAUGACAAGAUAUACGUAGUGUUUUUUUUUUCUAAUUUGUAUAACAAGUUCUUAAUAUUUUUCGAAUCUUGUUCUGUGUUGAAAUUUGUAACAAAUGAAAUUUCGACAAGAGUUUCCCCAAAUAUCGAAAUAAAUUACCUUCGAAAACAUUUGUACACACAUGUAACUAUUCAGUUGAUUAAAAGUAUGUAUUAAUAAAAUGAUUAUUUUUAGACUAAUUUAUUUAAGAUGAAUAAUAUCUC